AGAGACAAAGCCGGAGCCGGGUUUUUGUGUCUGUCUGGGCGCGCCAAGCAUGAGCCGUGCGUCCCCGGCGCGGCUGCCCGGCUCGCUGCCGCUCCGCGCUGGUGUCUCGCAGCGGCGCGGGCGAGGCGUGUAAGCGCGGGGGCCGGGGAGCCUGCGAGCCGCCCAGGGCUUUGCGUGUGGGGGCUGCUGCGCUGGGGAGGAAGGCGCUGAGCGAGGAAGCCGCCUGGCUCGGGGAGUUUUUCGCGGAGAGAGACGAUUCCUGAAGAGCUGAGGUGACUUCACAUACGGCCACACUGCCCCUGUAGAAAGGCUGUAGCUGGACACAUCACGUUUUGGACCAUGGGGAGCAGCAAGAGCAAACCCAAAGACCCCAGCCAGAGGAGACGCAGCCUGGAAUCUGCCGAGAACGCCCACCAUGGUGGCUACCCUUCCUCUCAAACGCCCAGCAAGACGCCUGUCCCCGAUGCCCAUCGGACCCCCAACCGCUCCUUUGGGAGCAUGGCAGCUGAGCCAAAGCUCUUCGGAGGCUUCAAUACGUCCGACACAGUCAUGUCCCCGCAGCGCUCGGGGCCUUUAGCUGGCGGAGUCACCACCUUUGUGGCCCUCUACGACUACGAGUCACGGACGGAAACAGACCUUUCCUUCAAGAAAGGGGAGCGCCUCCAAAUUGUCAACAACACGAGAAAAGUGGAUGUCAGGGAAGGAGACUGGUGGCUGGCUCACUCCCUCACAACAGGACAAACGGGCUACAUCCCCAGUAACUAUGUCGCACCCUCAGACUCCAUCCAGGCUGAAGAGUGGUAUUUUGGCAAGAUCACUCGCCGGGAGUCAGAGCGGCUCCUGCUCAAUUCUGAGAACCCCCGAGGAACCUUCCUGGUCAGGGAGAGUGAAACCACCAAAGGUGCCUACUGCCUCUCGGUCUCUGACUUUGACAACGCCAAGGGGCUCAACGUGAAACACUACAAGAUCCGCAAGCUGGACAGCGGUGGCUUCUACAUCACCUCCCGCACGCAGUUCAACAACCUGCAGCAGCUGGUGGCGUAUUACUCCAAACAUGCUGAUGGCUUGUGCCACCGUCUCACAAACGUGUGCCCAACUGCCAAGCCCCAAACGCAAGGACUUGCUAAGGAUGCUUGGGAAAUCCCCAGGGAGUCUCUGCGACUGGAGGUGAAACUGGGGCAAGGCUGCUUUGGAGAAGUGUGGAUGGGGACCUGGAAUGGCACCACCCGGGUGGCCAUAAAGACUCUGAAACCCGGCACCAUGUCUCCAGAGGCAUUUCUGCAGGAGGCCCAGGUGAUGAAGAAACUUCGUCAUGAGAAGCUGGUUCAGCUGUAUGCGGUGGUGUCGGAGGAGCCCAUUUACAUUGUCACGGAGUACAUGAGCAAAGGGAGCUUACUGGAUUUCCUGAAGGGGGAGAUGGGCAAGUAUCUGCGGCUGCCCCAGCUGGUGGACAUGGCGGCUCAGAUCGCAUCUGGAAUGGCAUACGUGGAGAGGAUGAACUACGUCCAUCGGGAUCUCCGAGCUGCCAACAUCCUGGUGGGGGAAAACCUGGUGUGCAAGGUAGCCGACUUCGGCUUGGCCCGGCUGAUUGAGGACAAUGAAUACACGGCUAGGCAAGGUGCCAAGUUCCCUAUUAAGUGGACAGCCCCAGAAGCUGCUUUGUAUGGCAGGUUUACGAUCAAGUCAGAUGUCUGGUCCUUUGGAAUCCUAUUGACUGAGCUGACCACGAAGGGCAGAGUGCCAUACCCAGGUAUGGUUAACCGGGAAGUGCUGGACCAGGUGGAACGUGGCUACCGGAUGCCCUGUCCUCCAGAGUGCCCCGAAUCGCUGCACGAUCUGAUGUGCCAGUGUUGGAGGAAGGACCCCGAGGAAAGGCCCACCUUCGAGUACCUUCAGGCUUUCUUGGAGGACUACUUCACGUCGACAGAGCCCCAGUACCAGCCGGGCGAGAACCUAUAGACAUGGGGAUGGCUCCUGGUGCCAAAGACCUUGCUCUCCUCCUGGUGUGUCCAUGCACAUGUCACAAGACACACGGCAUCUCAGGAACUCAUUGCAGAGUCUGGGUCUGGUGACUAGUCCUUCUCCCAGAGGGUGGGACUGGUGCUUUUUAGCCCCGCAAAGUGGAGGGGGCUGGGUUCUCCUGAUCACGAAUUACUGAUUUAUGGUCUGUGUUUAACAAAGUGUGGCCAUUUGACCUGGAGAUGAGUCUGAAGGGAAUUGGCUGCGUGCAGUGACUGGGGGUUGGAGAAGGAGCCUUUCCAGAAGAAACCCAGGAGGGAAGAUCUGUGCAGAAGCUGGAGGGGCCUUCAGGGGUCUUCCUCCUAGUAGUUCUGAAGUGCAAUGAAAAGCAUUAUGCAAUCUCUGUCUAACAGUGACCUAGGCUUCCUUGCAGCCUGCCUCUCACUGGAGCGCUUGGCUCUGCUGGGACUGGAUGCUAAUGCUACAGAUCGACACCUUUCAAUCUCCGAUCAUGCAGCUUCCAGCCUCUCUCUUUCUUUUAAACCAGCACAAGUUUCCUCCCAUACCUCUCUGCUCCCUACGCCUGUUCCCAGAGCAGACUUGGCUGCCGUUCGCUACAGGAAUGUUUGUGGUUUCAGACUGAGAGACUCUUCCAGAGAGGACGUUCACAUUUCAGUGCUCGCUGGUGUACAGGGCUGUGGCAUUGGGACACUAGCGCCAGCCCCCUUGCCUUGCUGCAGGUCCCAGGCACAUGUGAGUUUGGAUCAGGGACGCUGACUGUGCCAUAUAGACCUGGAGGCUCUUGAGGUGAUUUUUCUCCCCGGACGAGGUUCUACUGGAGAGCUAGAAGGACUUCAUGGCUGAGUUGCACGUGCGGCUGCAUUAGUGUUCAGUGUUGCUACUCAUGGGGCCAGUGACUUCUGACUUGUAUCGGGACCACGUUAGAUCAUGAGCUGCAGGUUUCUGUCUUCCAGUCUCGUCUGACUCAGCGAAGGGAACCUUGUAAUCUUGAUGACUACUUCUUAGAGACACACUAAGGCAAAUGCCAAUGGGGCAGGAUACCCCUCCUUUUUCCUACCUUUGCUGCCAAUCCCCUAUUGCUUUGAGGGGUAUUCGUCAACGAAGUACCCCUGGUCUUCCAGCCAGCACCCUAAGCAGCUCACCUGGGGAACACCCAGCCAGACCCUCCUGCCUCUCCUCAUUCAGAUGCAUCUUAGUUUACUGCAAGGUUUUUAGUGCCAGAGAAGCAGGGGCGGUCAUUCUUGGGACACUUUGGUGCCAACUCUGCCACAGUCAGGAAAGCCUCUGCCCAGCAAAGGUUUCUUUGUGUCUGAAUCAAGGCCUAAUAUGGAGCUAGCUUCUUACCUAGAGUAAUGGGGCCCUGGCCAUGCCCCAUUGUCCUAUCCUCCGCAGGCUGCUGAGCUCGGGAGAAUCCCAGGAGUGCAUCACCCACUCCAUGGGGGUGUGGUUUCAAGAACUACUUAUGGAUGCAUUCAGGGUGGAGGUGAAGUCUCCAUUCUGCCUGAGAGCAGAGGGGCCUUCCCCUCCAUCUUCACUCCAUAAUUGGUCUUGAGCUACCUGGGGGCGUCACCUAAACUCCAGACCCUGCCUAAAAGUUAAAACUGGAUUCUGCUGCUUUAGCCUGGCUUCCAUGGCUGUUUUCCCUGGGUGCGGGUGAGGGUCUGGGAAAGGGCUCCCACGGGGAAGAUCACUAGUUCAGUGCUUCCACUCAACCCCAGGCUUCAGCAACUGGAGCUGAGCUCUUCUGGAAUCCUGGUGGGAUCUUUGCACCUGCCCUGUGUGCAGCGUGGCAAGGUAGGGAAGCAACCUCCUUGCCUCAUCGUGUAUUGGAGUCUGGCCUCGUCAUGCCCUUGCUGCAACCUGGCCUCAGGCCCAUGAAUGCAGAAAUCAGGCAAAAUCUCUGUUCCAAGCCUUGGUGAGGAAAGGGAGGAGGAAGGGCCUGAUUCUCUAAGGUGCUAAGAGCCCUCACUUCCCACUGAAAUCCUUGGGAGCUCAGGUUGCUCAGCACUCUCUAGGAUUGGAUCCUAGGUACUUUCUUCAGCAAACAGCUUGUUGCUCCCAGUUAACGCGCUCUGAUGGUGCAUGAGUGGCUUCCAUGCGUGUAUUUAUGCAGCCACGUGGCAGAGGCUACCUUGACAGCAGUUGACACACAAGUGGCUGGUUGUAUUUUUCAUCAGGCUUGUGAAUAAACAGCAGACUUAAGUUUGCAAGCUUUGCCCUGUGUGUAUAUAGUUAUUAAAAUCUCUAAGGAAUCCCUUCCUGCCAGAUCACUGCUGAUCUUCUCUUCUGCUGUUUCCUCAGGCGGAAAGAGCUGGUGGAAGGCAGAUUCAGACACCAGUUCUAGCUCAAGCUGCUGUCAAGGGGGGUUUUCUGGUGCCCUUACCCUGAUAGAGAAGCUAAUAGGCCAUCUACAGCCAAGUCAGUCAUGGUGCAGGAGAGGUUACAGUAGCCACGGGUCAAGACACAACUCUCCAUCUGCUCUUAGCUGCCAGGGAGAACAGGCAGCUGGAUGGAUUGUAUGCAGGGCAGUAAGAGCUGGACUGGCCCAGCACUUGGAUUCAGGUCAUUAGUUGCAGUCUAGGACAACACUGCAAAUGAAUGAUCUGUGUCUCAGAUACUGGUCCCAAACGGACAAGGGAGGAAUGCUAUGCUGAGAUCUGCAGCAGGGAGUGUUAAAAUGGAGACUGAGCCUGGCCUUUCAGUGAAAGUGCUAAGCAAAAAACCCACUCUCUUCAGUGCGGGAGGGAGGGAACCCCAACUCUCGUUAACUCCAGACUGUCAUGGGGCUCUAUAUCAAUAUGGUUCCCUAAUACAGCCGUGUUGGAGGUGAGGCCUAAGCACUGCCGAAGGAACAGCCGUCCCAUUUCUCUUUUUGCUGCAGAAGAAAGGCUCCUUGCUGCUCAGUAGCAUUUUUUUCCCCCUUUGAGGUAGACCUGGAAUGUCAGAAUGCAAGAGACAGGGAGGUGGAAUAGCAAAUGGUGCCCAUAUGGGCAAAGUGUCAUUAAUGGGCAGGUGCUGUGCCAAAGACAGGAGAGAACGCAAAAGACACUGCCCCAUCCUUGGCCAAGACAGCUGGCUGGUCUUCGGCCCAGGUCUCCAGAUGCGCCAGGUGAAGUCCCAUCUGCUCAGUCCUGAAGGGUUUCUUCAUUCUAAAUGAGGUCCAGUCAUAAAGCCCCAUGUGGUGCAGGCCUGUCCUUGGAGCAGGAUUGAGAUGCGCUUGGCCAACCUCUAGAAGGGAGGACGCUCGGUGGGGUGGGGAUGUAGAAAGGGGCUGCAGGACUGCCCUCCCCUACAUCACAGACGGGCUGGAGAUGCUUCUGAGUUUGACUGUUUUCAGUGACCCAUCUUGCUCCUGCCUUCACCUCAUGAUGGAUGAUUCUUUAAACAAACUAUAAAACCCAAGCAGCCACCGAAGCCCUAUUUGAAUCACCUCUUUCUAGCAAAGUUACGCUGUUCAACUGGAGCAGCCCAGCAGCUUUCUGUGGGGUAAUGGCUUCUUAAAAGGGAGAACUUCUAAUGAGCUGUAAAAUAGCCUGGUUUUGUACAUAGCCCUCGAGUCGCCUGGGUGCUCACCCAGAGCCCCCAUUGAAUUAGUUGCAUGUGUUUUUUCUAAGGUACCGCUCAUGUCUGCAUUUGGAUGUAACUGGAAUUCUUUGCCAUUUGCCCGCAAGGCUUUGUUUAUUGUCAUUACUCGCUCAUUUUUGUCUGUAUUUUUGGAUGCUCUUCAGUGUGCCAAUAAUCCCCACGGACCAAACCCUUUGGCAGCUGAGGGACUGUGCUCCAAGCCCAACCUCUGUGGCCUGCUUAGUCCAUGCAUUACUCAAAGAGUUUAGCUGUCUCAAACAAGUGCUGUCCUAACUGCUUCCUUUAGGUGGCAUCUGGCCUGUGGGGUGCUUUGGCACACUGGCUGAGAGUGACCCCUGACCCUCUGUUCUCCAGAACUGUAGGCUGGCAUCAUGGUUCAAAAUGAUCCAUUCUGCCCAAGGCUGGGUUUGGUCUGGCUCAGCUGCCCGUUCUUGAUGCAGAGGAGAACUACUUUUCUGGGGAGUGUUAAGGAGUGCUGGGCAGGCACAAAUCCUUCCCCUGGAGAAAUGCCCUCUAGGGUGAGUGAAAUCUCAGAAGCACAUGGGAUUAAAAAAACCCUAGAAAAGCAUGCGGCACAGCCACGCAUGACCUUGAAAGUGGACUCAAGUGAUUGAUUCUGAUGUGCUUCCCCCAGUCCCUGACCACCCCAGCCUGUGGAGCAAAAUGAGCUUUGGUAUUUUCCGUACAUUUUCUUCCAUCAUGGCCCUAACGCUUUUUCCAUGUUGGGAUCGUUCCCCAUCUUUAGGGCAAUUGAGCCAAACCUCCACCAGGUGCCAGGUCCAUGUGUAUCACAACUGCAAGUUGCAGAAAUGUCUUGGCAGCUGUGGUGAAUCCCCCAAGUGGAGCUAGUGGGGUGAGAGAGGUGCCCAGGGGCAUUCAGGGAGAUGACUGGCUGCAUGUGAGCUAAAUCCUUCCACUGCCAUCUGUGCCAAAACUCCAGUUGGUUCCAAUGGGAUCUGUCCUUCUGUCCCCCGUAUCCCUGCCUGAUCAUAAUACGAUGCAAGCAACCUUGGGAGAUAUCCUAACAGUGCUGCUAUUAUAGAGCCGCUUUAACUCGCGUAUCUUGUCUGUAUUGCUGAUAUGCCUUUGUGAUUAAAAAUCAUUAGGGUCAGAAAAUUAGGUGGAGUGUGACUCCAUCCUGGCUUUGUAGACUCUUUUUAAAGCCGCCUUCUCCUGAGCUCUUGCAGCCACGUACAGGCCCCACUGAAAUCCAGGACACAACUCCCAUUAACUGACGUGGCACCAGCCUUGGCCCCUCAGAAUAAAACCCUCCCCGUCCAGCAGGGGAGAAGCAGGUGCAGAGGGAUGAGGUAAUUGUCUUCCCAACCUAUCCCCUCAAAAGUGGCUAGAAAUUGAGCUUUACUGGCAUUCUCUUCCAAACCUGGGCAUGGUGGGAGGGAUAGUUCAUUUUCUCCCAGAGCUGCUGGGACCCAAAUGAGAAUCUUCCUUUUAGGCAUUCCUCCCCCCAGGAGCUCAGGGAAAAUGGGACUGAUGAAAACACAAACCCAGCCCUGCAUCUCUCUCUUAUUUAUUAAAACUGUUUUUCUUUCUCUCUAAAAGGCUGAGUUUCCACUCAUCUCCAAGAAAAGUUCCUACCUUUCUUGGUUAGAAUGUUAAUUUUCUGUAUUCUUUUAAGUAAAUUUUUGGACUAAAAGGUCCUUCUGCACAGCAUAAAAGUUGCUGUGUCUAGAUUUCUUCAUUCAUGAGCAGGGACUCUGGGUCCCUUUUUCAUGUUCUGUGUCUUUUUGCAUAUGUUGAGCAGUUGUGGAGAAAUCCUAAUUACUAGUGAGAUCAGAUUCCUGCCUCACCCCCCCCUUUUUUUUUUGGUAAGGUUUCCAACAUGCAGAGAAAGUGGGGGGGGGGCAUUAAGUGUGUGGUGUGCCAGUGAUGCUUGUAUAAUUUACAUGAUAUAUCUUUAAACACCUACCACCAAGGAGAAAUUGUUGCUUCAGAAACAAAAAUUGGAAUAUGCUGAAGAACAGCAGGCUGACAGGAGCUGGGAAGGAGGCGGCAAUGGAAGAUGUACAUAUUUUAAAAAAAAUUCUUUUCAGUAUGUACAUUUUUUCAAAGGAAGAUGGGGGAUCAGAAUGACUUAAACACGGAUUGUUUCCAGCUCUGUCUGAUUUUACUACAGCUGGUGUAGCAAUAAUGACUAUUAAUAAUUUAAGUGAACACGGGAUGCUCUCGUUCCCUGUCUUUGGCAAGCUUUGAAGAAGACUAGAGCAGGAUUCUUUGAAUUCUUUUUUGUCCCAGGUUCAGAGUAAACCCCUCUUCAUUGUGCAUGAUCUAGAGUGUGGUAGAGCAGGGUGACCCUCCUGUGUGUGGACACGAGAGAACCUAGGGUCUGUUAUGUCUUAGGGCUGGAUACUGGCGUUGGAACUGACUAAUACCCUGCAGGCAGCAGGAUGGACAGACUGUGUGUUUUGCCAAUUUUAUUUUUUAAGCCAAUAAACUAAAGAGGAAUCUCUUUACCUAGUGAGUCUGAUGCUCUUUGGCAUUGAUUCAGGGAAAUAAAUAACACUGUACAAGGUAUUCUUCUGUUAUUGUAACUUGUUAAGUGUUUUGUAAAAUUUCCGGCUGCUGACUAUGCAGAGAAUGUGGUGAUCUGCCUCUCUUCCCUGCUCCCCACCCCACUGCCUUUUGAGUAUCUAACUAUCUAGUCCACCCCCCUCGUUUUUUUUUUUAUAAAAAAACUUUUUGGAAAAACCUAAAGUCCCCAGAUUUGUGGAGUGGGAGGUGGGGAUUCUUUGAAACUCUGAUAUUGGUGUAAAUAUUUUGCAGUUUGUCUGAUUAAACACACACACCUCACCAGAAAACUUGUAUCUUGUGUAUGAAUGAAAAGAUUGGCUUCUUGUGUGUGCAGCAGUGCGUAGCUUUCUGUGCCAGUGCACGUCCUGAAACAAGCAUGAGCUCCAACCUGCAAUAGCUGAGCACCUCUUACAGAUCUCGGGCCAGACUUCAGCUGGCACUCACUGGCAUACUGAUUAUUGACUUCAAUGGCGUUAGGAUGCUUUACACUACUUGGGUAGCUGGCUCUCUCCUUACCUAACCUCAUUUUUCCUCCCCAAUCCAUCAACUUAAAUUUUCAGAUUGUAUCAAGGCAGCAAGUUCUACCAGGCAUUGUACUAGCAAGGCCCAUCAGACUAUUAGCUUUAGUCAGUGCCCUUCUCAACAGCAUGGCUCUAGCCAGUGACACUCCGCCGUAUCAAAUCCAUCGCAGCCUGCUGAGCCAAGAACUCCUUCCUUGCCAAUGAACAUCUCGGGGCCUGCACAGCUUUAGUGAAUCCCUCAGCCCUGCUGGGAACGGGCUUCCAGAAGGCCUGCAAAAAAUGAACCUCUGCUCUGUCAUAGAAUAGACAAGCUCCUCGGGUAGGGUAAUGUGAAGUCCCUGGAGUCGACUGGCGGCAGAGCUGGGUUAUUGUGUACAAAUAUUAAAGCAGCUGGAACUACCGGCAAACUGAAUCUCAAUUCCUUUUGCUGCUCCCCAGGAAAAAGGAGAGGGGCUGACUAGCACUGCUCCUACAAAAUUUGGUUUCUUUAUAUGUCCUCUAAAUGUUAGUUAAUGCAGGUUGGAGCUGGGCCUUAACACGAGUAGCUGCUUCAUCGUGGAUGCACAGCCUGCAGAUAAUCACAUCCCUCACUGAUUUACUGCUCUCCCAGCUGGUACUGGGAUAUGGGUGUGGACUGAAGCUCUGGGAAGAAGCUGGAGCUUCAUUGGGGAAUCUUCCCUCC